UUUGUUAGACUUUAGAACGCCCACCUUCCUUCCUAGAAAUUUCUUGGUUCCUUCCUCAACUUCUAAUUUUAUGAUUCCUUUUGAUUAGAAUCCGUCUUUUUUCUCCAGCUUAAAUACUUUACCUACGCAACACCUUUCACAGAGGCAAAAUUCAAUUGAAGACUGUCUUAUAGUUUUGACAUACACGCAAUUUGGCUGGCAAUGGCUUCCACAAGCACUCAAAUGGCGUCUGAUUCUUCUCCUUCCAGCCUUGGAUGGACUUAUGACGUGUUCUUGAGUUUUAGAGGGGAAGACACCCGUUACAAUUUCACUGAUCACUUAUAUAAUGCUUUGGUUGGAAAAGGCAUUAUAACUUUCAGAGAUGACAAACUUAAGAGAGGAGAAAAAAUUGCGCCAGAGCUUCUAAAUGCUAUUGAAAAAUCAAGAUCUUCCAUUGUUGUUUUCUCAAAAACUUACGCUCAUUCAAGGUGGUGCCUAGACGAGCUUGCAAAGAUCAUGGAGUGCAGGCGGAAAUAUGGGCAAAUAGUAUUGCCAAUUUUCUACCAUGUGGAUCCAUCGGAUGUACGUAAACAAAGAGGGAGGUUUGGAGAAGCAUUCACCAGGUAUGAAGAAAAUUGGAAGAACAAGGUACAAAGUUGGAGGGAGGCCUUGACUGAAGGAGGCAAUCUUUCUGGAUGGCAUGUAAAAGAGGGGUAUGAAUCAGAGCAUAUCAAGAAAAUUACUACCACCAUCGCCAAUAGAAUAUUGAAUUGUAAACCCUUGUUUCUUGGGGAUAAUUUAGUUGGAAUGGAUUCCCAUUUUAAACAAAUAAGUUGGGGACUGAGUAUGAAGUCAAAUGAUGUUCGCAUGGUUGGGAUAUCUGGAAUUGGCGGAAUGGGUAAAACAACCAUUGCUGGAUAUAUAUAUAAUCAAAUUUCUUGGGGAUUUGAAUGUAGUAGCUUCCUUGAAAAUGUUAAAGAGGUUUACAAAAAUAAAGGUCUACUUGGUUUACAAAAUCAACUUCUUAAUGAGAUCCUAGAGGAAGGAAAUCAAAAGAUAAGCAAUAUUUACCGAGGAGCCCAAGUGAUAAAAAAUAGUCUUUACUUUCGAAAGGCUCUUAUUGUUUUUGAUGAUGUUGAUGUUGAUGUUGAUAAUAAAGACCAAUUAGAAUUUUUAGUUGGAAAUCAUACUUGGUAUGGUAAAGGAAGUAGAAUCAUCAUCACAACUAGAGAUGAACGAUGCCUAACUAUGCUUAAUGUGGAUUACAUAUAUCAGGUUAAUGGACUAAAUUCCAAUGAAGCACUUGAGCUCUUUAGUCGAUAUGCCUUUCAAUCAAAUCUUCCAGAAGAGGAUUUUGAAAAUCUCUUGCAUCAAGUGUUACAUUAUUGUGAAGGUCUUCCAUUAGCUUUGAAAGUUUUGGGUUCUUUUUUGUAUGACAAGACAAUAGGUCAAUGGGAAAGUGAACUACACAAAUUGAAAAACGAGCCUCAAGCGAAAAUUCAAAAUUUGCUAAAAAUAAGCUUUGAUGGAUUAGACCUUACACAAAAGACGGUACUCCUUGACAUCGCUUGUUUUUUUCAAGGUGAAGAUAGGGACUUUGCUUCAAAAAUAUGGGAAGGUUCUAAGUUGUAUGGUGAAACAAAUAUAAGAGUUCUAUGGGAUAAAUGUCUUAUGACUAUUACUGUAGACAAUAGGAUAUAUAUGCAUGGUUUGAUCAAGAAAAUGUGUAGGAAUAUUGUUCGUGAACAACAUCCCAAAGACCAUAGCAAAUGGAGCAGAUUAUGGAAUCCAAAUGAUAUCUAUUGUGCGUUUAUAAGUGAAGAGGGGAUGGAAAAUGUUGAAACCAUUUCUCUAGACUUGUCUAGAUCAAAAGAAAAAUGGUUCACUACAAAAAUAUUUGCCCAGAUGAAGAAAGUGUUUGCCAAGAUGAAGAAACUUAGGUUGCUCAAAGUCUAUUAUAGUCUUGGCGAUGAGCAUAAAAUGUCUCUUCCUAAAGACAUUGAAUUUCCUCCUAAUUUGAACUAUCUUCAUUGGGAAGGUUUAGUGUCUUUGCCUUCAAAUUUUCACGGAGAGAAGCUUGUUGCAAUCAACUUGAAGUCUAGCAACAUAAAAGAACUUUUGAAAGGGGAGAAGUGUCUUGCAGAAUUGAAGUUCAUUGAUCUAAGUAACUCACAACAGCUCAUCAAAAUACCGAAAUUCUCAAGGAUGCCAAAAUUGGAGAAACUUAAUCUUGAAGGUUGUGUAAGCUUCAGCAAACUUCAUUCAUCUAUUCGCACAUUUUCUGAGAUGAAAUUUUUGAGAGAGCUUAAUUUUAGUGAGAGUGGAAUUAGAGAACUCCCAAGCAGCAUUGGGUCCUUGAUAUCUCUUAAAACUCUUAAUCUCACAAAGUGUUCAAAGUUUGAGAAAUUCCCUGAUAUUUUCUUUGUGAAUAUGAGACAUUUAGAGCACCUUCUGUUAUCUGAUAGUGGUAUUAAAGAACUCCCAACCAGUAUUGAGUGCUUAGAGGCUCUUAAAAGACUUCUAAUCUUAGAUGUGAGUAAAUGCAAAAACUUGAGGAGUGUUCCAACCAGCAUUUUACAGUUGGAAUCCCUGGAACUCUUCUGUCUCAAUGAUUGUUCAAAUCUAGAGAUUUUUCCGGAGAUCAUGGAGGAUAUGGAACAUUCAAAAGGCCUUUCUUUACGUGCAAAACAUCAUGGAGAGUUGGACUUGAGCAAUUGUGAGAACCUUGAGACUCUUCCAAACAGCAUUGGUAAUUUGACGUGUUUUCGUUAUCUUGUUGUUCGUAACUGUCCAAAGCUCCACAAAUUGCCCGACAGUCUGAGAAGCAUGCAGCGUUGCUUAGAAAAACUAGAUGUAAGUGGUUGCAAUCUGAUGGCAGGAGCAAUCCCCAAUGAUUUAUGGCGCUUGUUCUUAUUGGAAGAGUUAAAUGUGAGUGGAAACAAUAUUGAUUGCAUACCUGGUGGCAUCAUUAGUCUUUCUCGGUUGCAUACCCUUAAGAUGAAUCACUGCUUGAUGCUUAAAGAAAUUCCAAAGCUUCCAUCAAGUCUAAGACGGAUAGAAGCAUAUGGUUGUCCACUUCUGGAAACUUUAUCAAGUGAUGCACAGCAUCCACUCUGGUCCUCUCUUCCCAACUGCUUAAAAUCACACAUUGAGCAUUGUAUUGGAUGGGCAACAAGCGGGAAGUACAACCGUGUAAGAGUUGUCAUUCCAGGAAGUAGAGGAAUACCAGAGUGGAUAAGUCAUAAGAGUAUGGGAGAUGAAAUAACAAUAGAUCUCCCAAAGAAUUGGUAUGAAGAUAAAAACUUCUUGGGAUUUGCUUUAUUCUGUCAUCUUGUUCCAGUUGAUGAUGACGAUGACGAUGACGAUCUUGAUCUUCGAUUGUUGAUAUCCGAUGGUGAUCAAUUUGGACACGUGGAGACGAUACAGUUUAUUCCGGAUUGUAGUCUAGACAUGAAGAAUAGAACAUUAUUUGCAGAUGCAGCAUUGAUGGUGGUCUAUUUCCCUCAGAUUGCCAUUUCAAGUGAGUAUCGAUCCAAUAGGUGGAACAAGUUUAAGGCUGGCUUUUCCUCAGAUCCAGCAUUUGAUACUCUUGGGCCUAACGCCAAAGCAAGUUGCAAAGUGGAAAGUUAUGGGAUCCAUCUCAUCUAUCGCAAGAUCGAAACAUGUCGAGUUUCCAGCUCCAUCCACCAAGGCUUUCAGCACUCUCCCUCCCAUCAACUUUGGUUUCGGUCUCUCUUCUCAUAGUUGACGAAUCACAAACCUCACCGGCGCAAUGGGCAAUGAAAUAUUCCUGUUGCCGAAAACGCUGAUCGGUCGGAGAUUAAAGCCCUAGAUCAACCAGAAUCUCACUGAAGAACCCUACAGAAAAAAGAGCAUCCUUGAGACUUCGAAAACAAGUUCGAGGAGACAUUUUGUUUAGAUGUUCUUCCUUAGCUUGAUUGAGCACACGCUGCAAUUGCGGCCUCAUCUUCUGGACCUUCCCCUCAAUGAAGCCGUCAAAGAGAGUUUGAAAGUCUCUUCUUAGACAAGCCAAAAUUGAUGAUUUUGAGCGGAUUCGCCCACAAGAACUGAAUGAACAAAAUAUAGAAGCCUUAGUUGCUGAGAAUAAUCUGGUACUCAAUCAUCAUGUUUCAUCUUUUCUUUCCUUUUCUUAACUUUUAUAUGUCACUUCAGUUGGUAAUUUUCAUUCUGGUGGAACCCUGGUAAACCAUUGAUAUUACCAAAAAGUAUAAUUGAAAUCCUGGGAAACUAUGAAUUAGUUUUUAAUGGGCAACAGAGGAGAGACAAUGGGAAAUUUUGUAGACUACAUCUAGGUUUCAGGCAUGGACUGCAGUUCUAUGGGCUUGGUUCUACUUGUCCUGUACUAGAGUGAAGGUUCUAUUUUUUUUUUUUCCAAUUACUGGAUCAAAUAGGACUUAAAUAAGUGAAAUUCAGGUGUGAUAAUGGAAGCAAUAUAGUUAUUUAGUCUUUUCUUUCUUUCAUUUCUGGGUCCCUGACAAUGAUAUUCAUUGAUGCAAAAAAUGAAGAUCCCUCCAGUCAAUGAUAUGGAUCUUGCAUUGCACAGUCUUGUCAACAAAUAUGACAAAAUGUCUUUCUAUUCUUGUGUUCAAUAUAAUCUGGAAGAGACACAUGUAAGUACUCCAUAUUAUGUCUUCAAAUUUCUGUGACAAUAUCGCAGACAGUUUAGGUUGGUUUUUAGUUAUACCACAUCUAUAUGGUAUUGAAUUUGUUUGAAUAUAACAAUUGUAAGUAUAUUUAGAUGAUUUUGAGUUGUUUGUGGAUUUAUCUGAUGUAUGUAGAUACUAUGCUUGUGUUCAUGGUUGGUUUUUCUAUUUGGACAGAGUAAAAUUGCUCAUGAUUCAAGAUUUAAUUCUUAAAGUUGGAGAGUGCUUGGAGGCAAGAAGCUUAUUCUUAUUCUCUUCUUUCCUUUUUUAAUUAUUGUAAGGGUUCAAUAUUUCCUAGUGUUGUCUAAUUGUCUCCUAGGUGACUUCUUUCCCUUUCUGUAGGCAUUAUUAAGUAUAUAUAUAUAAGCAGUGAUUUUAAAUCUAAAACUUAAUUAUACUAUUUGCCUUUUGAGUAGUCAGGAUUAAGACUUCUUGAGUAAAAGAAGGAAUCUCUCUACUGUACUCUUUCUUCCCCACUCUUCCUUCUCCUUUAGGACAUUGCUUUGCAGAAGUAGCAUUUGUUAUCUCACUGACACUUGGUGUGAACCUGCUGCCUGCAUAGCUUGCCUAUAUAGGCAAUAUUAGAGUGAUUUACCACAACAGGAUUUAUCACAACAGGUAGUUUCGUUUUAUAGUGAUUUCAAACACAAUAUAUUUCUGAAUUUUAUUUUACCUGCUUCCUAUUCCCGUUUACUCUUCCUUAUGAGGUAUACACCAUUUGUCUCAACUAAGAACAUGGCCUUCCAUUGAUAUACAGUAGUUUGGUUCAUUGCAGUUGGUCCAUUGAUAUGAAGUGUACCAACUUGCUGUAAAUCCAGGCAACCAUCAAAAUUUUUAGCCAUGUAAAUGAAAAUUUUGUAUAUGCCGUUCUAUUUGUGAUGGAUAAUUGCAUCCUUGCACCUUAUUGUUUCAGUUCAUUUAUAACAUAAAACUCGGGUAUGGUCAAUGAACUCACUUCAUGAAUUUUUGGUAAUGCCCAAGCUCAAGCUUGAGUUUUAAGUCAAUUAUAUAGAGACUGAAAAAGAACACUACUGCUUAAACCUUAAAUUUGAGCUAGGAAAAGCGUGAGCUUUAAUUUUUGUUACAUUGUAGACACUCCUAAAACUUGGUAUUCUAUUUCCAAUGAAAAGAGACAAAAAGAGCACUACCAUGCUGGAGCUUACUUUUUCUUAAUAACUGGACUCACACAUAAGCUGCUUUUUUUGCCCUAAAUUCUGUAUAUUUAAUCAUCAUGCAACAAGGCCAGAAAUUACAAAGUAAUUCCAACCAUGGUUGUUUUCCUUAUUCAUCUUCUCACAUUUUCAUUUUCAACCCAAAAUAGCUAGAGAUGAUUAUUUUCUUUGAUUGCUUUCUCUUAUAUCGGGUUCCAAACGGUAUGAAAAAAAUUCUAGGCUUGCAAAUACUUCUCUAAAAUCUAAUUUAUAGUACUAUUGCUGACUUGCUUUUGAACUAUUCUUUCCCCUUCAUUUUCCAAUACUAUAUAUUCUCUCUCUCUCUCUCUCUCUCUCUCUCUCUCUCUCUCUCUCUCUUUUUUUUUCUUUUUGAUAAGAACAAAACAACUCCUUCACAAUAUGAGCCAACUGAUGUUCCAUUUUCUUUCAAAAAUGGUUCCCUUAACAGCCAUGCAAAUUUUCUGCAUAAAAUAGACCAUUUUCUUCAAUAUUGAUUGGAAAGGUGAACUCCAGUGAGGUUUACAUGUAAGGUGUGAUCAUAUUAUGAACUAAUUCUCUUUUAUCUUUAUUUGCUAUCUUCUUAUUGGCCUUCACUUUUAACUUCUGUUUAUCUUUUUUUUCUUCUGGAUUACAACCCCAAAAAUCUGCCAACCUGCCUGCAAAAGAAAAGAAUUGUUUAGUGGAGCACAUUGUGUGAAGUUCUAUAUUUGCAAAUAAGUUUACUUCUUGUUCUUGUUCUGACUAGGUAAAAAGGGAAAAAGAAAAACAAUUACUGAGGCAGUUUUUUGUGGAGAUUCUGGACAAGUGCCUCACUCUAGAAUGAUUGAUUUGCUUCCUAGCUUCUUGCAAAAUUGCAUUUCCUCUUUUGAAGUUGAUGGUAGUUUAUAUCCUGCAACCUUUUAUAGUUAAGGGCGAAGAACUAUAAUUGUUAGUAAUAAAAAGAUAACAUGCAGAAACAGGAAAAUCAGCUCAAACUAGCCCUACUAGCUCAAAUCCCAGUCCUUAGCCCAUUGACUCAUACGAUAGGCUUACAUAAUGUAUCUACCUGCUACCUCAGAUCUCAAUGUUUGCUAUACUAACGGGGUGCUUGUACUUAGACAAAUGGAGUUGCUACUGUAGAAGCAUGGUGGCUCAGGCUGGUCUCAGAAACAACCCAUCUCAGGAUCAAUUACCAAAGAGGAGGAAGAAGCAGUGGAGACCCUGUACACAUUGGUAGGAAUGUUCCCCAACAGUGAUAAGACGGCAAUAAGGGUGAAUUGGUUGGGAAUCAUCAGAAUCAAAGCAUUCAACUUUGCCAGAGGCAAGGGAGAGCCCUGCACCCGCAUUAGUUUCAUACUACCAAAGACAUACUGUCAAAGAUAGUACAAAAAUGAUCUGGUAUUAUGGCCAGGCUUGUCAUCAACAGGGUCGCUUGGGACAGCAAUUCAUGGCCCUUCCUUGCAUUCUUCUUCUAAAACUCAAGCUUGGCUAGAUAAUGCUACUGGCACUACAUGACCUAGUUCAUUUGGAAAUGGUGUCUCAACCACCACUUGCUACUCUAGCUGAUGCUUAAAAGUUCUGCAAUAUGAGUAUUCAUUCCCUUGCAAGUUUUUAUAUAUAAUUUUUUUAAGCAUUUGAUUGAGUUUAUGUUGUGUUAUUGAGUAUACAGGUUUCUAGAGUUACAGUGCAUAAAAAGCAAUCAUGGAAAAGAUGUGCAGCUCAUAUGUUCACAUAAGUCGUCUUAUUUGGGAUUUAAAAAAUUCAGAGAGAAAGGAAAGGAUUUCAAUGCAGCGUAACCAAUUGAGAACAGAUGAAGAAUCAAAGGAAGUAGUUUCUCUGGCAGGCAACAAUCCCAGUGGCCUGAGAAAUGGAUUGAAUGGAGUUGUUUCUGCUAACAGCAUUGGUGGUUCAGCCAUGGAGAAGAAUUCAAUUGAAGCUAGAAAAGGUAUUUUUUCUACAGCAGGGGCUCCAUCAAGAUCAGCAGCGGCCUCCUGCAUCUGGGACCUACACUUCUCUUUGUCUAAGUACGUAGCAACUCCAUUUGACUAAUGCUGGUUCUCUUGGGAAUAAUCUUACUCCAGUUGAUCCCUGUUGUUAUGAAAGGAACAAUAGUCAUGUGGAUACUCGAUUGUAUUUGAUUUUGUUUGGUUGUGUUUCAAGAUAAAAUUGAUUGUAUAAGGAUAGGUGAAUGAGGCAUGUUCUAACUUAAAUGUUUAGUUCAUGUUUUUGACAAGUGAAUACUUGACCUAUACAAAGAUGUCUAUUGUUUAGAAAGUUGGUGUUGAGUAAAAAAAUGUUUCUAUCAACCA